CGGCCCCGCGAACGCAGUUUGCUGUUCUUCAAAAAAGAUCAUCUUGCAUGAGAUUGGUAGAGGGAUCAAUCGAGCUCUACCCUUGGAGCUUCAUCCUGCCGAGCAAAGCGCAACGGCGACGGUGAUCGCAGCUCGGCAUAGGCAAUGUACAGGCGCUCGUGAGUGACGUCGUGCCUAAGACUCGAAUGGAUCAAGGCAAACAGGACAAUGUCGUGUUGACUCCGUGGUGAUUUGGCGACGCGAAGACGGCGCACCAAGUCAGGAAUUGAUUCUCAAUUGUUCGUGAUAGGCCACGUUUUGGAGGUAGUUACCUAGUCACGGUACUAAUAGUAAUACAGUAUGAGUGGGAAGUCGGAUCAUUCUCGAGACGAGCUGCAGCUGCAAGGCAGCACCUCUGACCCAGAUACGAGCUGCACGUCGGAGAGCCGGGGAGAGUCUGGCAACGUCAAGGAGGGCUGCCUGCGGAAGCGGCAUCGCAAUCGCGCCGCCUACACCGACCGCUUCCUGCAGCUGGACCUGAACAAUGCCGUCUUGUCGUACUACUUCGCGUCCAACUCUGGGCAAGAGCGACGGCGGUCUUCCCUGCUUGACUUUUUCAGGAGCAGCAAGAAAGCGAAGUCCGGCUAUCAGUGUGAUGAAGAUAAGUUGCGACGGCGCUUCCCGGUCGAUGCACUGGAGUGCCACACGGUUGCCGGUAAAGACCUGGAUUGUGACGAAGGAACGUCUGUACUUGUCAUCUCCUACCGAGAAGUGCAGGCAUCCUACAGACCAACAAUAUCUCGCAACGUGUACUUCGUCUCCAAACAAUUUGAUGAGGAGGCAGAUCAGGAAAUUCGCGACUGGUGCCGCAUGAUUCGUCACUGCAAGCGUCUUCAUCACGGCAGGGCGGUGCUGCGGGCAAAGUCGCUGGGAGAGGGCGCAAUACGGGCCGUUCUCGCCCAGCCCGACUCGGAGCAGCCGCCGCGCAACAUACUGCCGAAGAUCAUGCACAAGUCUCCCACUGAUGACGAAGACAACGACGACGAACCGCUCUUCAAAUGCGGCUGGGUGCUGAAGAAAGCUUUCCUGAGGCCGAACAAGUGGCACAACCGCUUCCUUGUCGUGGACAACUUCCGACUGCGUUACUAUAAGUCCCCCAUGGACGCUCUGGCACUGAACGAGCUACCGCUGUACUUCGGCGAGUGGUCGGUGCGCAACGGUAUGCCGGACGUGUUCCCGGAGCGUAACCAUCCACACUGCUUCACUCUCAAGAUGGCGUUGCGAGAGUACCACUUCCGCACGGACAACGCCGACGACACAAACGGCUGGGUGGAAACGCUGCAGGGUCUACGCAGCGGCGGUAACGGUGGCAGAAAGGCCGGUACGCUGGUUGGCGCCGGCUCCGCCGAAUCCAUCAUGUCCAACAAACCACUGCUGAUGCGACACAACUCAUGCGGCACCUGCACAUCAAUGGCGGCCAAGAGUGAUGAUGUCUCAUCGUCCAGCUCCAAAACAAGGACGAGCCUCGAGACGGCGAGUCCCUUCACGAAACAGCGUAGCGCGUCAGUUUACCACCAUCCCAAGCCGAGGCUGAGAGAGACGCGGAGUCUGGGCUCGCCGAAGAAGCUAGAAAGAUGAGUUCCCGCCGCCUCCGCGUUGUGUGUGAAUCACGUCGUCAGAGUAUGUUGCAGGGUGUGUGUGUAUGUAUGCUUGCAUACAUAUGCGUGUGUGCGUGCGCGCGUGUAUGCACAUGUGUGUGUGCAUAAGCGCCGUAUGUAUCGGUACACCUGCAUCGCAGCAUUAUCGUAGAUUUCAACAACAGGGAGCAGUGUUAUGAUUGUACAGGAGAUAGUCCACAUGCUGUAGUGGUAAAAUACCGGUACAUUACUACUUAUCAUGAAUAAAGCAGAUCUCCCUACUGACUGCAUGCACUGCACCAGUAGUAAAAUACCGGUACAUUACUACUCACCACGUGCACUGUACCAGUCGGCCGCCAUGAGUAGGCUAUGGUCACCGGUGUGCGUGCACAAUCCGCACUCUCAGUACGAGUGUACAGACAGCUGUACUUCAGUGCCUCUCUGAUGCAUGCUCAUCACCUGCACUCACCGUCACAGACUCGCCAGUUUCGACUCUUCCAUACUCCUCCCUUGACUUAUUCGAUAAAACUUAUUCGAUUUCCCUCCAAACCCGCCGCCUGCUGCGAUUUCUAUUUUAUGCUCUUCAUAAUCAUUUCUUACCUUUCCCAAAUCAUGAUUAUAAAACUCACGUACAAUGGAACCGUUAUAUGAAUGCUCCUGGCAGCGUCAUGAUAUUUUCGCCCCUAUUUUCAUGAUAAUAUUUUCCCUUCUUUCAUGAUGAUAUUUUCCCUUCUUUCAUGAUACUAUUAAUUUUUGCCCUUCCCCUGCAGCUGCGACUCCAUCGCUCGCGCUGUCUACUAUGCUUCUCGUUUUCAAACAUUUUUUAACUUUUCCGGUGCUCAUGUGCCUGGCACUGCCCAACCCUCGGUCUCGUGACCGAAUUUGUUUUUAUAUUCUUUAGAACUUGUUUUAGAUUCUUCCAAGAAUAACUGUCUUUGUGCAUGUGUAUUAUUGCCCAGAAGAGUCUUUGUGGU